CUGAGGCCUGGCAUGCCUGCCCCACACCUGAAGACCGGGUGAGCUCAUCUCUGAGGGCGCUACACAAUGCUAGGCAUUCGGCCCAGACCUUGGGGCCUGCAGGGCCUCAGCACCCACUGGGCCCCAUCAGACGUUCCCACAGCCUUAGGACCAUGAGUGGCCUGCCCACGGAGUGGGAGGCAGAGCCUACACAGGUUCCCGGAUGUCCGGUUGCACAGCUCGGGUGGCCUCCCUCCCUUUCCAGGUCCCUGCAGGACACCCAGCACCAAAGGUACAGAACCCCCCAGGCCCAGUGGGGCGAGAGCUUCUCCUGGACGUGAGCCCCAAAGGCGUGAAGCCCCUCUCGGUGAGAAUGGACGACUCGGAGUCGGAGUUCAGUCUGAAAGUCGUCCUGGUCCACUUCAAGCAAUGUCUCAACGAGAAAGAAGAGGUGCUGCUGGAGCACUACCUCACCGGCUGGAAGGGGCUGAUCAGGUUCCUGGACCACCUGGGCACCGUCUUCUCCUUCAUCUCCAAGGACGUGGCGGCGAAGCUGCAGAUCAUGGAGCGCCUGUGCACCGGCCCCCAGCGGGACCACUACAGCAGCCUGCAGUCCAUGGUGGCCUACGAGACGAGCAACAAGCUGGUGGACCUGGAGCGCCGCUCCCGCCACCCAGACUCGGGCUGCCGGACGGUGCUGCGGCUGCACCGAGCGCUGCGCUGGCUGCAGCUCUUCCUGGAGGGCCUGCGCACCAGCCCGGAGGACGCGCGCACCUCCGAGCUCUGCGCCAGCUCCUACAGCGCCUCGCUGGCUGCCUACCACCCCUGGAUCAUCCGCCAGGCCGUCACCGUGGCCUUCUACACGCUGCCCACUCGCAAGGUCUUCCUGGAGACCAUGAACGUGGGGUCAUCCGAACAGGCUGUGGAGAUGCUGGGCGAGGCCCUGCCCUUCAUCGAGCAGGUGUACAACGUCUCUCAGAAGCUCUACGCUGACCAUGCCCUGCUGGACCUGCCCUAGGGGCUGGCAGGCCUAGGCUGGGGGGCCCCUUCUCCAGAGCUGGGCUGGGCAGCCAGGGCCCAUCAGUCCCACCGUGGAGCUCUCUGGGCGCCCCAGAAGCAGAAAAGCCAGCGUCCUCCCACAAGCUGAGCUUCUGGGGAGCCACAGUCCUAGCGUGGCCCACUUAGGCAGGCACCAGCCAGGUGGGUGAAGGGCAGAACAUAGGAUGGUGGGGGCAGGGUCAGAGUUCAUGCUAACCUGGCCUGCCCCCACCUGUGAGUCAAGUCUGCGAAAUGGUGAGUCACAGGUCCCUGGAGAGCAGACUCCUCAUCAGCGAUGUGUCCAGCUGGUGUGUGUCCUUCUCAGGCUUACUGGGUCCCAAGCCCAGGACCCACUGUCUGUGGCCAGGUGGCUGUCCCCAGAGCAGGCACAAAACCUGGGCAGCCGUUGGCACUGCGUCUCUCUCAUUCCCUGCUCCUCAUCUUGUCAGUCAUGGGCCCACAUGUCCCCGCGGGACCACCGGGAGCCGGAGCCCCAAGCACAGGCCUGCCCUGCUCAGGUCAGCAGCCUCCUGCAGCCACGCUGCUCCCCCAGGCAGCUGCUUGUGAGUCUGCACACACAGCCCCGAGCUCCCAGGAGCCCUGGCUGCGGGGCCAGCUGGCCCCUCCCUCCCCGGCACCCGCAAGACACCGCGUUCCCUCUCCCCUGCCCCUUGCGCCUGUCCCCAUGGAGCUGAGGAGACCCAGGUGCAUGGCACAGGGCAGGGCCUGGAUCCCUUUGCCGAACAGGCUGGCAGACAACCACCCGCAGCCAUCACAACCUCUGGGGGCCUGUCCACUGGGUCUGCACUGCAACCUCAGGACCUUGGGUGCCAAGGUCUGCCGUGCAGUGGCCCAUGCAUAAGUGGGAAUCUUGGAAACUGGAAACAGAUGAUGGUUUUCCCAACGUGAAUAAAUUACAAUU